AUGAGUGAGGAUGGUGAAACCAAGGCUGAGAAGCCAUUAACAAUGAAGGGAUUUGAUGCUAUAUAUAGAGCUCUGGACUCUAAAGCAGCCCAUACAUCAUUUGGGACCCUCCCAUUGUCAUAUGAGCAAACUGCUCCCAAUUUUAAAUUUGGAACUCAGAAAAAGUCUGAUGGAGACAAGGUCUUUAUGGGUGAGGAAAUGGCUAGGAAUAUCAACCAAGGAAAGCACUCUCCAGGGCCUGUCUAUGAGACACAUGAUAAGAACAAAUAUGAUAAAGCUCCUGGCUGGGGCUUUGGCACUGAUGGAAAAAUGAAGAAAAUUAAACCAAAAUUCGAUUUUUAUGAAAAUGACCGUUUCUUUGACGAUCCAAUUGAUGCAGAUCAUAAUAGGAAAAGGAAAACUUGAGCCCCCAAGUUUGGAACUGAGCCGAGGUUCCAAGUGAAUGCUUUUGAGAAAAGUCCUGGACCAGGAUAUGAUCCUCAAGAUAAACCAGAAAAGAGAAAGGAGCCAAAGUAUACUUUUGGCUUUAGAAGAACAAAGGGAAAUCAGAAUGCUUUAGUGAAUCAGACUGCGACUACUAAGACAGUAGGACCUGGCCGCUAUGCCCCUGAAUCAUCGGUGAAUCCCAGCAAUAGAAAGAAUAACCCAAGAUGGACUCUUUCAAAAGCAGGAAGGUUUGCUACAGGAAUCAAGGGAUUCGACAAACACCAGACUUAUGAGACAAGAGGAGCAGUAGGAAGCCAGUAUAACUCAAAGAAAAGAACAGCACCUUCAGCUCACUUCGGUACUGCUCCAAGAGACAUAUCCUCUAAAAUGGGAACCUUUAAGGAUAACAUGACUGGUGCUAUGAAAGUUAAGAUGCCUCAUUCUAAAUGGUAA